UUUACAACAAGUUUUCCAAGUUUCUUUAUACAUUCAUUUUUUUUUAGCUUAAGAAGAGAAUUUAUUAAAACUAUAACAACAAUAACAAUAAGAUCAAAGGAAGAGGAAAAAAAAAAUUAUUAUUAUUUAUAAAAAAAAAAAAAAAAAAAAGAAAGAAAAUGGGAAGAGCUCCUUGUUGUGAUAAGGUUGGUCUUAAGAAGGGUCCAUGGACUCCUGAAGAAGAUCAAGUUUUGAUCAAUUUUAUUCAUCUUUAUGGCCAUAGCAAUUGGCGUGCCCUCCCUAAACAAGCUGGAUUAUUAAGAUGUGGGAAAAGUUGUAGACUGAGAUGGAUAAAUUAUCUAAAACCCGAUAUCAAAAGAGGAAAUUUCUCAAGAGAAGAAGAGGAUACUAUUAUUCAACUCCAUGAAAUGAUGGGCAAUAGAUGGUCAGCCAUAGCGGCUAGACUACCAGGAAGAACAGACAAUGAAAUAAAAAACGUAUGGCACACCCACUUGAAGAAAAGGCUUAACCAAAACCAACCCAAAAAGCCUCGAAAAACCCGUGGCAUUAAUGUCAACAACAUUACAACAACAACAACGACGGCCGAAUCAAAUUGGAGUUCUCCCCAAGAAUCUUACACUACAAGUGAAGACUUUUCUUCCAGCGCAAAUGAGGUUUCAAGUGUUGAUUUGUCAACAAACGACACAGCAGCCCCGACCCAAAGCUCGGAUAAUUCAAUGGAUUAUAACCCAAUAAUUGAUGACUCAUUUUGGGAGUCUUCAUUUGAUUAUAACGCGUUUUCAGAACUUUUGGAUUUUGAUUACGAAUCUCUACAUGAAGUAAAACAAGAAACACCAGAAACAGUAGAUUACUGUGAAAAUAACAAUAACAAUGGUGGGCUACAAUAUUGUGGAGACGAAAACAUGGAGUUUUGGUUAGAUGUGUUCGUUCAAGCUAGUGGAGAAUCUGAAUUGCCUGAAUUUUGAACAUCUUUUUCAUUUCACAUGCAAAUAACAAUCAAAAGGGGCGGCUGUGACAAAAGUAUUACUUACAGAAUAUACAUUAACUAUUUGAGCUAAUGAUCUUUUAGUGGAAUUUACUCUUCCUUUUGUUUGUUGGUUACUUGAUUCUUCUCUAAGAUAAUAACGAGAAAAAUAUUCUUUUUUUGUCAAGUAUUUUACGUGUUAGAAUGAAGAACUAUGUUUCAAAACAGUACAAAUCUAAUAUUAGUUCCUUAUGUUAUGAAUGGUAUGUGUGACUUGAGUGCACAUUUAAAAUGUGUAUUCAUGUGUGUGACUCUUGGUUUGUGGAAUCCAAAAGGGUGUAAUUAUGUAAAAAGUAUUCAUGAAAAUUAUUGGUGUUAAUGAAGAUUAAUGAAGAAGUAGAAAGGAUUUGAUUUA